UUUUAAUUUUGGAUAAUUUACUGUAUUUUGUUUUUUUCCCUCGUUUCUAUUCAUUACAAUGGGAAAGAAGAAGAGAAGUUCCCCACUCGAUAAUCUUGACUUUCCUUCUUCUUUGGAGGAGAAGUCGUGCUUGUCGGGGACAGCAUUAUUACCCAAGGAGCAUUUGAUGAAUUUGGAUGCUGGCAUUGAUGUUGGAGAUAGUUCUGUGAAGCUACUUAAUUCCAACACUUCUGUUGCUCAUCACCAUUACGAUCUUGGGCAUUCGGUAUUAUUAAAAAGGUCACGCCAUUACUAUGGUCAUCACUACUCGCGCAGAAACUCCAGCAGCCUUUCAAAUCCAUCAACUUCACGUGGCUCUUUAGUCCUUUACAUGAUGAGAGAUUAUCCUUCAAGUUUGCUCAAUACAAACCCGAGUCAGGACACUGUGCAGGAUAUGGUAGGGAAAAAGCAUUUGGCUUUAGCAGGCCAGAAAGAAUUAGGUCUAGUACAUUGGUGAUGGAUGCAGUAUCACCGGACACGGUGAAGGCGGUUUGUAGCGUAUGUCAAAAGCAUUUAAGAAGGAAACCUUAUUUUCUGGGAAAUAUGCCAGCUUCCGGAGAAUUUUCUGCUGUGGCAGUUCUAGUUUGUGGCCACGUAUACCAUACAGAUUGUUUGGAAGGGAGAACAAGCUUCGAGGAGAGGCACGACCCACGGUGUCCGUUAUGUUCAGCUUCACCAUCACUAAGUUGAUUCUUCUAG